UGUAGCAGCAAAGAUUUUCACAUGAGAAAUUUUCACAAAAGUGGAAACUGCUACACUUUUGGAGAUACGAUACAUGAUAAAAGAAAAAGGUAAUGAUUUUGUGUUUUAUUUAUCGAUGAUAAAAAUGUACACUUUUAUUGAUUUUAUCCCUUAACUUUCAGGCACUUGAUCAAUUGUUACCCACUUAACUAUAUCAGUCAGAGGCGUAGCGAGGGCAGGGGCAGGGAGGGCAGAUGUCCCUGUGCGCCAGCUAGUUAGGGGCGCCAAAAUGUGCUUUGUAUUAUUGAUAAAAAUAAUGGGUUUGAGAGUUUAAAAAAGAAAAGGGGGCACUUUAAAAUUGAUCUUGCCCCCGGGCGCGAAUCUUGUCCCCGGGCGCCAAACACCCACGCUACGCCUCUGAUAUCGUUGAACAUGUAUCAUAAAUUGUUUUGGAAUAGGUUAGUAGAAUAUAUAGGUAAUACCAUGUUACUUUUUUUGUUACUAGUUCAUUCACAGAGUUAUUACUUCUGCCAGCUUCCAUUAACUGAAAAAAUCACCCAGGUAGAUCGUAACUUCACUCAGUGGCGUAGCUAGGGUUGGUGUAGCCCGAUGCGGUAAACUCAUGGUCCUCACACCCCCCCUCCGCACCCCCUAGCUACGCCAAUGACUUUACUGCCAUUACUUUAUAGACGGGGCAGCUCGACAAUGUUUUUGUUUUCUUUGGAUAUCGCGUGUUUGACUGAUUGAUUGAUUGAUUGAUUGAUUGAUUGAUUGAUUGAUUGAUCUUUGUUCUUCGAUGAAGGCAUACCAAGAAGAUCGGUCCCGCCAACGGUUUAGUGUUGGAGCUUGAGAUCGGACGACGUCAUUAUCUCAGUCUGACUCCCUCGGUGGGUGUCAAGAUAUUGAUCCACAACAACUCGGGGUAUGUCUUCCCUCCUGAUAGUGGAGUGGUGGCGGGACCAGGGUACUCCACCAGCAUUGGAAUUAAGAGGGUCAGUCUUGGGAGUCUGGACUUUUUGUUUAGUUAGUUUGCUUGUUUAUUGCUUGUUAGUUGCCUCUUAGUUUCUUGUUCAUUGCUUGUUGCGUAUUUAUUUGUUGUUGUUUUUUCUACUAGUCAUAGUUUACUUCCAGUGGGUUAUUAGUCUGUUGGAAAUGUAUAAAAAUUAUCCUGAAGUAUUUUUCCCCCAAAAAAGUUUUUCAAUACACGCUAUCUCUAAAAAUGUAAUGAUGUUUUCUUUUCUUCUCUAUGAAAACUGCACCGUUGAUAGGUUGAGACCUACCUUCUGCCGCCUCCUUACGGUAUUUGUGUCGACGGAAACAGUGAGGAAAGCCGUAAGAAAAAUAUGUACGCACACUGGGGCUAUGCGUACACCAACCACGAGUGCAGAAGAACUUGCUUCCAAGUUGCACUCUUGAAUUCUUGUAACUGCACCGACGACAACAUUCCUGGGGGGGUCGGCACUCUUCUGGGAUCGGCUGAAGCGACCAGGAAAUAUGGAAAUCUAACUGUCCCUGAAUGUGACACCAAACUACACGGGAAAUGCCUCCGGGACACGGAGAAAGACAACCAGGUCGAUGGAUUUGGGUGUGCGGACAAAUGUCCUCCUUCGUGCGACAGCGUGAAGUACGAUAAAUUUUUGUCGCAGGCCGUGUGGCCAGCCGAAGGUUACCUUCGCCACUUCCUGCGAAAGGUCAACAUGUCUUAUCACAGGAGAAACCAGACUUUUCCUCCCCACGGUGCCAGUGAGGAUUACGUUCGCAAGCAUUUCAUGAGGUUGGAGAUCCACUACGAGUCAAUGGAGUAUGAAGUCAAAAGGACGAUACCAUCGUAUGACUGGAACAAGGUCCUCAGUGAUGUGGGCGGCCAGCUUGGACUUUGGCUGGGCUUCUCCAUACUCACCGCGGUAGAGCUGGGCGAGUUCGGUCUGAAUCUGCUC